AUGGUGUGGGGCGACGGGCCAGACCAUCUCGAUCGAGCCCUGAAGGAAGGCCUGCCGAAGCAGAAGCUCGCCCUCCUGGGUUUCAAUGAGCCGAACUUUCCCGAGCAGGCCAAUCUCUCGCCCGAGAAAGCUGCGGAGCUAUGGCCUUCUCUGGAGGAGCUCGCCAAGAACGCCAGCAUCGACUACUUGGUGUCCCCGGCCGUGAACUUUGCAGAAUACGAUCCCAUCGCCUGGCUGCGUGAUUUCUUCGAGGCCUGUCAAGGCUGCAAGGUCGAUGCUGUCGCCUUCCACACCUACACCUGCCAUGGGAAAUACCUCAAGGAUCACAUCGAGCAGUACAAGGUCUUUGGGAAGCCGCUAUGGCUCACGGAGUUCGCAUGCAGCGAGGCUGCUUCCCCGGAGCGCCUGCCUGCCGAGGGUCAGAUGGCCUUCAUGCGCGAAGCCAUCCCCCUGCUGGAGCAGGAGCCUGCCAUCGCGUACUACGCCUGGUUCAACAUGUUCGAGGACGACUGGGACUUUCCCAUCGUGGACGGCAAGAACGGGGACGCCGGCCUGAUCUACAAGAAUGGAAGCCUUUCACCCCUUGGCGAGCUCUACGCCUCCUUCGCCAGCACCGCGCCACUGGAUCCACCGCCCCCGGCUCCGCCCACCACCACGCCUCCACCCUGCGGUACGGCGGAGCCCGGGGAGCCGUGCUUUGAGGCGGUGACCUGGGCGAUGACCGUGGGCGUGGCCAGCAACCCCGAGUGGUAUCCAGGGCUCUCGGCUUCCUCCAGCUUCGAGGAGUUCCAGGAUUUCUUCUUCGAGACGCAGCUCAACAACCAGGUCUGCGUGAGGCCGGCCUGUGAGGCUUGCAAAACCGCCGAGACCGGGGAGACCUGCUACGAGGAUGUGGCCUGGGCAAUGUCAACAGGCAUCCAGAAGCAUCCCGAGUGGUAUCCGGGCCUCACGACCUCAAGCAGCUUCGAGGAGGUCCAGCAGUUUCUGUAUCUUUCCGAGUCCAACACCAACUGUGCGAAGCCCUGUGAGCCUCUGUGCACGAGCCGACGGCUCUGCAGCGCCAUGGGCGUGAACGUCUUCGGCUACGACGGCUUCAGAGACGCCGCCGCCGUGGCGACGGCUGUAGGGAACCUCUUUGCGCAGGGCGUGCGCAACUUCCGCGUCAUCAACGUGGGCGGUUGGGCCAACACGGCGCUGGAAGCCAUCGACCUCGCCGCGGCGGGUAGUGAGGAGCCUACGUCGGUACAGAUCACGAGCCUCUUUUUCGAUUCGCCUGCAACGUGCGACAGUUUGCCCUCCUGGAUGGACUUCUCCAUGUCCGUUGCCCUCGAGAAACUCGCGAAGCUGUCGCACGUUUCACGGCUUCUGGUGCAGAUCGACACUUGCAGUAUCUGCCAGUCCUCACCGCUGUACUGCAUCAAUCCGACGGAGCAGGGCUUCGGUCAGGUGCAGGAGUCGAGCAAAGCAAAGGUCUUUGCCGACUUCAUACAGAAUGAGUACUUCGACCGUAUCAAGGAAGCUCAUGCGGCUUUUCCCAUCAACGUGGAGUUCGUGAUUCCCUUCCAGAACGAGCAGAGCAGUCCCCUCUCCAUGCUGACGGCGCUUCAGGCCCAGCUGUCGCCACUGCAGGCAGCCGGCCGGAGGUUUCAUCUGGAAGGGACCGUCUAUCCUUUCUGGACUUCCGGAUCUCUCUGGGCGCCCUUCGAUUCUGCCGUCACCAAGGGCUUCAUGGAUUUUGCCCAGGACCUGGGCUUCGACGGUUUCGUGGUCGCUGAAACGGGAUGGCCGCAAAAGUGCAGUGCCAGCAACACCCGGCCGCCGAACCUUGAGAACAUGUGCCGCUACUGGCGCAGCACUCUGCGCGAGGUGGAGGCCUUGGCCGCAAAGGGUCGGCUGCUGGCCUACCAUUGGAAGAUGGGCCCCGCCAACGACGGGAGCUGCGGCGAACAGACCUGGGGACUCUUCGAACCCGACGGGUCGGCGGUGUGCGAAGACAUUUGGGACAUCUAA